CAUUAUUACCACGUCAUGGGUUCACCGCCUGCAGCUCCCAUAGAGCUCAUUGUCGAUGGCGCUCACCGGUCUCGUUGCCAACGGUGCUCAUCGUCAACGGCGCUCACCGGUCUCGUUGCCCACGACUCUCACCGGUUUUGUCGCCUACGAAGCUCAACGCCCAGGGAGCUCACCGGUUCUCACUUCCCUCUUCGCUCACCGCCGACAGUGCUCACCGGUCUCGCCGUCCAUGACGCUCAUCGAUCUCGCCGCCCAUGACGCUCUUCGCCGACGAUGCUCACCGGUCUCGCCGCCUGUGGCGCUCUACGGCGCUCACUGCCCUCGGCGCUCACCGACUCUCACGGCGCCCAUUUGUUCACUCACUUUAGCCUUCUUCUUACGUGAGCGCCUAGACGUGGCACAAGAAAGCAUGACAUGUGGCGAGCGGAGCAUGAAGUGAUGACACCUCAUCGGCGCCGUCGUGUGUCCUCUGUAGUCGCCUGGACGACCACUAUAAAAAGUCUCUCAUCUUUCGGCCAGGGUAAACAAAAAGGGCCUUAGUGA